AUGUCCUCGCCAUUGGCAGGGCCGUCUUCCUCAGCGCAGCAGUCGCCAAGCGGCUUCGCCUCUCCGCGUCACUCGACCCUCUACCCAAUACCGAGUUCGACGGCUGACGCAUUGGAGGCGCGCAGGCUAGCUUUCUUCCAGCAGCCACGGCCUGUGGCCACCGCCACCUCGUCGCCAUCCUCCUCAACGAGUAGCAGCUCACGCCCUGUGCCGCGCAACGAGUACCUGCGCCCAGGCCCAUCCUCUGCUUCCCCGCUGGACCGUUCACGCGCCUUCAAGCGGCCCCCUUCGGCUCUCUUCUCUGCCGGCCCUCGUGGAGCAGGCAGCAGUCCCUCAUCGCGCCGCCUCAUAGAUGGCACUGAUCGACCGUAUGUAGCUGCAUCAGGUGGUGAUGGUGAUGUCUCGGCUCGACUGUAUCGGCAGCGCUUCCAGCAGCGAUGCCAAGCGGCAAUGGCGCGCGAGAGGGGACGGCAGAGCAAAGUAGCCAAGGCACGCGGGAGGGACCCGCUGGGCAGCAGUGAGGGCGAAGAAGGGCUCGUGUUGAACUCGGAUGACUUAAGCUCGAGUGAUAUAGAUGAGGAAGAGAUGCGCAGGGAGGGGGCGAAAUGGCAGUAUGAGGAUGAUGAGCUGGUUCGCCGCGUCAUGCUAGCAGAGUAUCGUCGCCUGCUUCACAAGCAGGAGCUGAGCGGGAGACAUGAGCUCGGAUGGAUGGGAGCAGACGAGGUGGCUUGGCUUGAAGAGGAGCUGGCGCGAGAUGAGGCCAGCGCUCACGAGCGCAGGCAAGAGGGCCACGCAUCUAUGGAAGAGCCGCCACUUGACAUGGUGGACGAGGAUUGGGCGCUGGCGGAGCAGUUUGAUCAUGCCUUUGGCGGUCGUGGCGAAGCGCAGGAUGCCUUCGAAGAGGACGAGUGGGAUGAGGACACGCUGAGGCAGAUUGAGGCGCAGGCGACGGCAUACACCGCACCACCGCACCACGAAAUCGACGUCGAGAUGGACCUGACAUGA